GUGUGUGUGUGUGUGUGCACCUGCAGGCUCAGCUUUAAUGACCACUUCUCAAAAAUAGUUCACACUUUUCUAGUGCUUAAAUUGACGGUCUGAACACAUUGACAAUUAUUCAAGCCUCUUCAGAUAACAGCACCUCAGAGUAAACCAGUAACAGACCCAAACGAACCAUGACAAGUCCCAGAACCAGAACCAUUUGUUUUGUGUACUUUGCAUUGCUCUUCAGAACAGCACAUGCUCACAACGCAAGUACCACCACCACCACAAUCUCUUCAACGGAACCAAAAACACCCGUGAAUACCGACAACCAAGAAUCAAAUACCCCAAAAACAAUAACAAGCAACAAGCAGCAAUACACCAAAACAACAAGCAGCAAUGAUGUCAGCAUAAAAACAUACACCACCACUUCUGCGAUCAAAAAAUUAGAAUCUACACCAAUAUCUCAACCAGCAGGCUGCACACAGACCACGACUGCAUCCUCUGAAGCACAGUGUCUCCUCUUACUGCCAACUGGAGAUAUUCUGAAACUGGUUGUGCUUGCUCUCAUAGUGUGCUGCUUUGGAUUGCUGGUGACCACACUGAUAUGCAUCUGCCAAGUCUGUCACCUGAGAGGAAUCAUUUCCAGUCUCCAGCCAGGUCACAACAAAAACAACAUUGACCUGCGUGCCAUAAGAGAAAAGAGUGAAUCGCCACACUGGGAUGAAGGUCAAGUGGACAGGCAGCCGACUGAGACCUGCCUCAUGCUAUCAGAGGUCACGACGGCACAAGAGGAGCGUAAAGAGGAUGAGGAGAGAGUUCUGGAGAACAAGGACACAGAGCAGCCCGGUACCGAGAAGGAUCCGAACGGAGACAUCACCCAGGAGAACAGUCAAGAGCCUGAAGCUAAAGCACCAGAGAGCGCCGACACAGGGGUCUGAUCACACUCACACUCACUUAAAGGGAUAGUUCACUUUGAAAUUCAUUUUUGGUUUGUUUUAGCUUUCCAUCCAAGAU